CAAGAGUCAUUCUGUUCUGAGUGCCAGGUGCUUCAUCACCAAGCAGUUUCCUGGAUCUUCUAGUCAGCCUGGAAGAAAGAUAAACACCUGUGUUUCCUUCUUAUCCCACUGACUGCCUGGUACACCAACUGCAAGCAACAGGCCUCAGUGCAUCACUUCUGUAGCAAGACAACCACCACGCACCAGAGAAAAGAGGGAUGGAGCAAGUAGCUAAUCCACAAAAUGGAUCAUGUGAGCCUUACUGAAAAGUUUAUGAAGCAGCGCUGUCCGCCCAACCAUUGGUGUAAAUCACAAAGGCAUCCAGACAGAUAUAAAUUCCGGGGCAAUUGUGAGCUGGGGAAAGAAGAAGCUUGUGCAAAAUCCCUGGUGAGAACAGAGAGUCGACUUACAGGCAGAAAAGAGCAGCAACACAUCAGUGCCAGUUAAAUCAUGACCGAAGUGUCAAUGUGGCAAGACUGCGAGAUCAGACGUGCAGAUUCGAUUAUGGGCUCUGUCCACAAGGAUGAUAGGGGCAGCUUUGGACCUGAUCAGUUAUCUCCCGUUGCCCCCCACAAACUCCCAUCAGCUCACAGCCCCAAAGAAAUCUGGAAGAAAGGAGGGCGUAUCUUCUCUGUCCUACUAGCUGUCAAUUUGGUGCUCCUGGCCUGCACCCUGGUCAGUGGUGGGGCUUUCCACAAUGUAGAUUUGCACGACUAUGAUGUCUUUUUCAUGCUUACUGUUGUGAUGCUGUUUGCCAUUGCCUGGAUGCUCUUCUACAUCUUCAGAACCUCCAAACUCGAGGAUGCCAUUCCCUGCAAGGACAACCAUGCGGGACCCAUCUGGCUAAGAGGAGGCUUGGUCUUGUUUGCAGUCCUCACACUGGUAAUGGAUGUAUUUAAGACAGGAUAUUACUCCAGCUUCUACAAGUGCCUGUCAGUCAUCAAAAUCAUGUAUCCAAUUGUGCAGGCUGUGUUUGUGAUCGUCCAGACUUGUUUUCUCUGGAUGACUGCCAAAGACUGUGUUCACAAGCAUCUGGAUCUUACCAGAUGUGGCUUGAUGGUCACCUUGACCACUAACCUAGCGGUGUGGAUGUCAGCCGUAACAGAUGAGUCAGUACAUAAGGCCGAAUCAAAGAACCCAGAUACAAACAGUUCACACACAAGGGCUGGGAUAAGGGCGGGCGGCUCAUCAAACACCUGUUCCUGCAACACCAACCUCUGCAAAAUCUUCCAGAAUGGCUACUUUUGGUUGUAUCCCUUCAAUAUUGAGUACAGUCUCUUUGCUUCCGCCAUGGUCUAUGUCAUGUGGAAGAAUGUUGGCCGUCUCAUAGACCACCAUGACAAUCAUAUCCACCACCUGAAGUUCAAGGUUUUCAAAAGGACUUAUUUUUUGGGCACCGUUGUAGGGUUCUUGCUACUGGUGACAGGCAUAGCAGUCCAGAUUGUGUACGAGAUUCAGGUAAAUUCAAAAAAUGACUCUAAAAGGACAAAUCAGGUACUCACUAUGUAUUACACCUUCAACAUCAUUUGCCUGAGCCUGAUGUCCCUCGUCUCCAUUGGAGGCUCCAUCGUUUAUAGAUUUGACAAGAGAGACAUGGACCAUCACAAAAACCCAACUAGAACUUUGGAUGUAGCAUUAUUGAUGGGUGCAGCCUUAGGACAAUAUGCCAUUUCCUAUUACUCUAUUGUUGCUACAGUGGCUAGUUCAGCAAGGGACACUGUAAAUGCCCUCAAUUUGAGCUAUUCCCUGCUGAUGAUUGCCCAACACACUUUCCAGAACAUUUUUAUAAUUGAGGGCCUCCACCGGCAGCCCCCAGAAGAGGAAGACAAAAUUGACCCACAGCAGAAGGAUAUCUAUGGGCUCACUUUUGUCAAUCUGAAUGCAGUAUCACUUCGUGUCCCUGAGAGUGGAACUGCUCUACCACCCACUAUGCUGCCAGGACUAGCAAUUCAGGCUUCUGAAGUAACGCAGUCCGUUAAGGCCUCCAAGAAAGUGAACUGGAGGAGGCGGUUCUUAAAGGAGAUCUCUGUAUUCCUGCUCCUGGGCAAUGUAAUUCUCUGGAUCAUGCCAGCAUUUGGAGCCCGGCCACAGUUUGACAACAAAACAGAGCUUAACUUCUAUGGCUAUCCCAUGUGGGCUGCCAUUGUGGACAUCUGCUUGCCGUUUGGCAUCUUCUACAGAAUGCAUGCAGUGGCCAGCCUGCUAGAAGUCUACAUCAUGUCUUAACUGGAAAGUGAAGAAUUUCUAAUAAGAACCCAUAUUUCUCAAACCUCUCAGGACAGAAAGCCCAUACAGAUGUACUGGGGAAAGAGACUGAGCAUUACUUUGAUGUCAGACCCUAGUAAUUAGUGGGCAUUACUCAACAGUACUGGCAACAGCCCAAAUAUACCCUAGGUAUUUUGUUUGUUUGUUUUCCUGUUUGUUAUUUGGUUUUUGUUCUAUUUAAGCGGCUCUUUUCUUUAUCCUACUUAGGCAUGUUCAUCUUUGAUUCUUUUUUUUCCUACCAGGAAAUGGUGACAUGAACCCAGUAUAGGGCCAGACUGGUCACUGUAAGGACUGUUUGACUUUAGUAGACUAGUCUAGGGAAGCUCAGUUUGAGAGAAUUCAGUAAAUGUUGGAGACAGUUAAAGUAAAUACCUCACUGUAGUUUGGAUGACUUCAUAGGUUCCUGUAUCCAAGGCUCCUGCUCUUCCCCCUCCACCACGCCUUUACUUCAUGGAAACUGAGAUCCAACAAUUCAUAAAGGCCUCAGGAGUAUGACCCUGUUGGAGCUCACACAAUAAGUAUGAGCUUGAAGUCUCACUUGCUGUCCUGAAUCAGGGCCUGCCACGUGUAACAGCAUUGGGUUGUGCUGUCAGAAGGAUAUUAAGAUAUGUUAAUUUUUAAAGGUAGCAUAAUAUUUUUUUAAUGAGCCUAUUUUUACAAAAAAUAUAUUUAUUAAUUUUAAUUGUGGCAAUACUAAUAUAAGAAAAAGAGUGAAAAGUGCCUAAGGUAGACACCGUUGAACUCAAUUCAUUGGCAGUGCUUAAAGUGCAGGCAUGCCGAAGAAGGUCAGGGUCUCUUCCGUUCAUGUGAGGGCACUUGUGCCUCAGAUGAUGUAGGAAGUGGAGUAUUGUUGCCCUUAGUCCUUCAGACUCUGCUGCAGCAUCUUAUUAGGUGAGGUGUCUGUAAAUACAUGGAAGUUCUGUGUAUUGCCGCUGGAUUUGAUGAACUCUUCUUUCCAAAGUCUCCACCUCCACCGCCACUUUUAAUCCAGCCUUCCCCAACCUAAUGCCAUCGAAAUGUUUUGGACUACAGCUCCCAUUAUCCCUGAACAUUGUCCAUGUUGGAUGGGGCUGAUGGGAAUUGUAGUCCGAAAUACCUGAGGUGAGUCAAGUUGUGGGAAGCUGUUUGAAUCCAGUGCAAAACUUUGGAAGGCUGAACCUGCAAGUGCAAUUGCCCAAGCCACUCUUCCAUGUUGGUCAGGAUCAUCAUGUUUGUUACACAUCCUUCACUACAACAGGGGAUUGUCUAUCAAUGAAAAGGAUAGAGAUUCAUUUUGGCCUUUUUUGGUCAUUGUUCAAUCAUUUCCCCUCCCCUCUGCUUAAUUUUGGAUGACUGUCAACAUGGAAAUGGCCCAGAUAGACACCCAUGUACUUGUGGUUAAAAUGUAGCCCAUCCAAAUCUAUUGCGUGGUUUGAUUAUCUUCUCUGGUGGACGCUAUGACUGCAAAAUUAAGGCAGAGAAUAGAGUUUGUAGAUUCAGAUUUUCUAGCUAAUCUGCCAGACUUCUGUUUCCUGUUCUAAUUUCUAUUACAGAUCCCAAGGGUCUAUUUCUGGUGAUGAACUUAGCAGAAUCUAGAUCUGCUUUCCCCAACCUUGUGCCCUCCAGAUGUUUUGGAUUACAACUCCCAUCACCCUGACUAUUGGCCAUGCUGGCAAGGGCCGACUGGAGUUGAAGAGCAAAACAUCUGGAGGGCACCAGGUUGGGGAAUGCUGACCUAGAUAGCUCUGCCAGGUUCAGAGGCUUCACUGAUCCAAUACAUUCUGCAAACACAAAACAGGAUGAUAGCACUAUGUCGUCUGUGUGCAUCAUAUCUAUCUGCACACUGCUGUCUUGGUGGAGCCUCCUGAACCUUGGAUGCUGGGUUCCUGCAGGGUCCUAGUAUAUCUCAGCAUUGUUCUAACAUGGCCCAUUCCCACCAUUUUAACACCUUUUUUCCCAGGCCAAAAUUAGGCAGCAGCUCUAGCAGAGUGAACUCAUAUUUAAAACUUUGGAAGAGUCCUGUGCUUAAUUCUCUGUUACACAAUGCUCUAAAAUCAUAGGAAGGAUUGGCUGAAACUCUACAGCCUAUGCUAUGUUAUGUUUUAUAGGAGCUUGGAAGUGAAAGUAUAUGAUCACAAUUGUCACUCACCUACCUACACUGCCAGAAUUUUUUUCUUCUUAUAUAAUUGUAUUAACAAUGGAAAGCAACGUUGCAGUUUAAAAAAUGGGGGGAGGGGGAGAUGUUUGAAAAUCUCAAAUAAAUUAAAAUCAUGUGUUUGAGCCUGAA